AUGCUGCAACCUAUCGUACAGUUCCAUGGAAAGUGGCCUUUCUACAGAGUUCUUGGCAUGCAGGAGAUAUUCUCUGUGCUCUUCUCCCUGCUCAAUUUCCUAGCUCAUUACUACGGAUUGAAGUGGGUUGAAUCGUCGAUCCCGGCCUCUUACCCUCUUCGCAAAUACUACAAAGGGUUCGCAUAUUUUGGAUACGCCAGUUGGACUUUUAGUAUGCUGUUUCACACACGUGAUUUCCCCUUGACCGAGAAAUUGGAUUACUGGGCCGCCGGCGCAAGCAUCCUCUACGGACUCUAUCUCGUGGUUAUCCGCGUUUUUCGCCUAGACCAGGAACGGCCGCGCUUCAAACCAACGCUUCGCCGAUUGUGGACUUAUCUCUGUGUCGGCCUAUACAUUGCACACGUGUCAUAUCUCACUUUCUGGUCGUGGGACUACACUUACAAUAUGAUUGCGAAUGUUAUCGUGGGAGUUAUUCAGAAUGUUCUCUGGACUGCUUUCAGCAUCUACCGAUACAGGAAGGAACCAAAGAAGCCAUGGAUGGCCUGGCCCGCCAUCAUCGUUCUGUGGAUCUCACUGGCAAUGAGCCUGGAGCUUUUUGACUUCCCGCCGUGGUGGGGAUUGAUUGAUGCACAUGCCUUGUGGCAUUUGGGUACAGUUAUACCCACUGCAUGGUGGUAUCUAUUUAUUGUUGAGGACGCCAAGAACGACUUGGCCGCAGAGAGGUUGAAAGCUUGA